AUGGGCCUCCACAACACCAAACACUCCAAAGUCAAGCAAGCUAAUAUACUGAUGUUAGGGCUUGAUUCUGCGGGAAAAUCGACACUGUUGUACAAGUUCAAGUAUAACGAUGUUUUUCUAACAAUUCCAACAAUUGGCUUUAAUGUUGAUAUGAUUGAAACCAGGAAAGAUUUUACAUUGACCUUGUGGGAUGUUGGAGGACAAGAGAAAAUGAGACAGGUUUGGUGCGAUUUCCUGGAAGACACAGACGGAUUGCUGUAUGUUGUGGACAGCUCUGAUAAGCAACGUCUGGAGGAAUCAAAGAAAGAAUUUGAACUCAUUUUAAAGAAUGAAUUUAUAAAAAACGUACCAGUCAUCAUGCUAGCGAACAAGCAGGAUUUGCACGGAGCUUUGAACGCUGAGGAAAUUACCAGGAGAUUCAACAUGAAGAAGUACUGCAGUGACAGAAACUGGUACGUACAGCCCUGUUGUGCUCUCACAGGAGAAGGUUUGUCAGAAGCUCUGCAAACACUAACCACAUUUGCAAAACACUACAGCAGGUCAAAGGAGACUUCUACAAUCUUUAAGGAAACCAAAACACAGUAA